AAAAAAAGAAAAAGAAAAAAGAAAAUCAAAGCGAACAAAUCAAAUCAAUUCAAAGGCGAAGACAAGGAAGCUAAAACGAUUCGUUUUGGCGGAGACGACAGAGAUCGGAGUCGUGAGUGAAAAUGUCGGAAGAAGAAAAGCUAUUGAAAGAGGCGAAGAAACUGCCAUGGGAAGAUCGAUUGUUGCACAAGAAUUGGAAGGUUCGGAACGACGCCAACAUUGAUUUGGCUUCGCUUUGCGACUCCAUUGCUGAUCCUAAGGACGGGCGUCUCAGAGAAUUCGGUCCGUUAUUUAGGAAGACGGUGGCGGAUUCGAAUGCGCCUGUGCAAGAGAAGGCGCUUGAUGCGUUGAUUGCAUUUUUAAAGGCCGCGGAUGCGGAUGCUGGCAGGUACGCAAAAGAAGUUUGUGAUGCGAUUGCAGCAAAAUGCUUGACGGGGAGGCCGAAAACAGUUGAGAAAGCUCAAGCAGCGUUUAUGCUUUGGGUUGAAUUGGAGGCUGUGGAUGUUUUUCUUGAUACGAUGGAGAAAGCAAUAAAGAACAGGGUUGCUAAAGCAGUUGUGCCUGCUAUAGAUGUCAUGUUUCAAGCUCUAAGUGAAUUUGGAUCAAAAAUUGUACCUCCGAAAAGAAUUUUGAAGAUGCUUCCUGAGCUCUUUGACCAUCAAGAUCAGAAUGUGCGUGCAUGCUCUAAAGGACUGACUCUUGAACUUUGUCGUUGGAUUGGAAAAGACCCUGUGAAGUCAAUAUUGUUCGAGAAAAUGAGGGAUACAAUGAAAAAAGAGCUGGAGGCUGAGCUUGUCAGUGUUAUGGGGACAGCUAGGCCAACUAGGAAGAUCAGAUCUGAACAAGAUAAGGAGCCAGAACAGGAGACUGUGUCUGAAAAUGUGGGUCCUGGUGCUCCCGAAGAGUCUGCAGCUGAGGCUCCUCAGGAAAUAGAUGAAUAUGAACUCGUUGAUCCUGUUGACAUAUUGACACCUUUAGAGAAAUCUGGUUUUUGGGAAGGAGUGAAAGCUACCAAGUGGUUAGAACGGAAGGAGGCUGUUGCAGAGCUAACCAAGCUUGCUUCAACAAAAAAGAUAGCCCCUGGUGAUUUUUCAGAAGUUUGCCGGACCUUGAAGAAGCUUAUAACAGAUGUGAAUAUUGCUGUUGCAGUUGAAGCCAUUCAAGCUAUUGGUAAUCUUGCCCGUGGUCUUAGAACCCAUUUUUCUGCCAGUUCACGCUUUUUAUUGCCAGUUUUACUUGAAAAAUUGAAAGAGAAAAAACCUACGAUGGCUGAGGCACUUACACAAACUCUUCAAGCAAUGCACAAGGCUGGGUGCUUAAAUCUCGUUGAUAUUGUUGAAGAUGUUAAGACAGCUUUAAAAAAUAAAGUUCCGCUUGUGCGCUCAAUGACUUUGAAUUGGGUGACAUUUUGCAUUGAAACAAGUAACAAAGCUACUAUUCUAAAGGCGCAUAAGGACUAUGUCCCUAUUUGCAUGGAGAGCCUUAAUGAUGGAACCCCAGAGGUGAGGGAUGCUGCUUUUUCAGCUUUGGCUGCAAUAGCAAAGUCUGUUGGCAUGAGGCCUUUGGAGAGGUCACUUGAGAAACUUGAUGAUGUUAGAAGAAAAAAACUUUCUGAAAUGAUUACGAGCUCUGAAGGUGGUGUCUCCACUAGUUCAGGUUCAGUGGUGGCUAGGGUUCCUACUUCUGGUGGAAGUGUGCCAUCUGUGGAGAAUUCAGGAAGUUCAUUUGUUAAAAAGUCUGCGGCAAGCAUGCUUAGUGGGAAGAGGCCGAUUCCAGCAGCACCUGCCAGCAAAAAAGGAGGUCCAGUUAAAUCUGGUGCCAACAAAAAGGGUGAUGGAGCUGGACGGCAAGAAACUUCAAAAUUGGUUGAGGCUCCUGAAGAUGUUGAGCCAGCAGAGAUGAGUCUUGAAGAGAUUGAAAGCAGAGUAGGCUCUCUUAUUCAGGGAGAUACAGUAGGUCAAUUGAAGAGUGCUGUGUGGAAAGAACGCCUUGAAGCAAUAACGUCUUUAAAGCAACAAGUUGAGGCACUAGAAAACCUGGACCAGUCAGUGGAGAUUUUGGUCCGUUUGCUUUGCACUCUUCCUGGUUGGAGUGAGAAAAAUGUUCAGGUUCAGCAGCAGGUUAUUGAAGUUGUCACUCACCUAGCUUCUACUGCAACUAAAUUCCCGAAGAAAUGUGUUGUUCUUUGCCUUCUAGGUAUCAACGAACGUGUGGCAGAUAUCAAGACCCGUGCUCAUGCCAUGAAGUGCCUCACUACUUUCUCUGAAGCAGUAGGUCCAGGAUUUAUUUUUGAAAGACUUUACAAGAUCAUGAAAGAGCACAAGAAUCCUAAGGUUCUUAGUGAGGGAAUACUAUGGAUGGUUUCGGCUGUUGAGGACUUUGGUGUAUCACAUUUAAAACUCAAGGAUUUAAUUGAUUUUUGUAAAGAUAUUGGACUUCAGUCCAGUGCAGCAGCAACUAGAAAUGCUACUAUUAAGUUAUUGGGUGUUGUACAUAAGUUUGUUGGUCCAGACAUUAAAGGGUUUCUCACAGAUGUCAAACCCGCACUGCUUAGUGCACUUGACACUGAAUAUGAAAAAAAUCCAUUUGAGGGCGCUGCUGCAGCUCCUAAGAAAACUGUUAGGGCAUCAGAGUCCUCUUCAUCUGUGUCUUCUGGUGGGCUAGAUAGCUUGCCACGUGAAGAUAUAAGUGGAAAGAUCACACCCACUUUGCUGAAGAGCUUGGAGAGCCCUGAUUGGAAGGUUCGUUUGGAGUCUAUUGAAGUUGUUAAUAAAAUCCUGGAAGAGGCUAAUAAGCGCAUUCAGCCUACUGGAACUGGGGAAUUAUUUGGUGCUCUUAAAGGGCGUCUAUAUGACAGCAAUAAAAAUUUAGUUAUGGCAACUUUGACUACUAUUGGUGCUGUUGCUUCUGCAAUGGGGCCAGCAGUCGAGAAGUCAAGCAAGGGCAUUUUAUCAGAUAUUUUGAAAUGUCUCAGUGACAACAAGAAGCAUAUGAGAGAAUGCACUUUGACUGCUUUAGACUCUUGGCUUGCUGCCGUUCAUCUGGAUAAAAUGGUUCCAUAUAUUACAGCAAUACUGACAGAUGCUAAGAUUGGUGCGGAAGGGCGUAAGGAUCUUUUUGAUUGGCUGUCAAAGCAACUCUCUGGAUUAACUGAUUUUUCUGAUGCUGUACAGCUGCUGAAACCAGCUAGCUCUGCCAUGGCGGAUAAAUCAUCAGAUGUUCGAAAGGCAGCAGAAACAUGCAUUGUUGAAAUCAUCAGAGUUAGCGGACAGGAAACAAUUGAAAAGCAUUUGAAAGAUGUGCAUGGGCCAGCUUUAGCUCUUAUUGUUGAAAGAUUGAAACCUUAUGGGGGAUCUCAUGCAAUUUCAAUGGGGCCUACAUCCAAAGGCAGCUCGAAGGUUGCAAAAUCUACUUCUAAUGGUUUGUUGAAGCAUGGAAGCAGGACAAUAUCUUCGAGGGGCAUUCCAACAAAGGGUGCAAGGCCAGAUGCAAUUAUGUCUGUUCAAGAUAUAGCUGUCCAAUCACAGGCUUUGUUAAAUGUCAAGGAUUCAAAUAAGGAUGAAAGGGAGAGAAUAGUUGUUCGCAGAUUUAAGUUUGAAGAGCCACGGAUAGAACAGAUCCAAGAUCUUGAGAAUGAUAUGAUGAGAUAUUUCAGAGAGGAUUUGCAUAGACGUUUACUAAGCACAGAUUUUAAGAAGCAAGUUGAUGGGCUUGAGAUGCUGCAGAAGGUGCUCCCAUCUAUACGAAAGGAAAUUAUUGAAGUUCUGGAUAUACUUUUGAGGUGGUUUGUUUUGCAGUUCUGUAAAUCUAACACAACUUGCUUGCUUAAGGUGCUGGAAUUUCUUCCUGAACUUUUUGAUGCAUUAAGGGAGGAAGCCUAUGCUUUGACUGAAUCAGAAGCAGCUAUAUUUCUUCCAUGUUUGAUAGAAAAGUCGGGGCAUAACAUUGAGAAAGUACGAGAAAAAAUGCGCGAAUUGACAAAACAAAUUAUCAAUUUUUAUUCUGCUACUAAAACACUUCCUUACGUUUUGGAGGGUUUGCGUUCUAAAAAUAACCGUACUCGCAUAGAGUGUGUUGACCUUGUUGGAUUCUUGAUGGAGCAUCAUGGGGCUGAGAUCAGUGGACAAUUAAAAUCUUUGCAAAUUGUCGCAAGCUUGACAGCAGAACGUGAUGGUGAAAUAAGAAAAGCUGCUCUAAAUACAUUGGCUACUGGUUACAAGAUUAUAGGUGAGGACAUAUGGAGAUAUGUUGGCAAGCUCACAGAUGCUCAAAAAAGCAUGUUAGAUGAUAGAUUUAAGUGGAAGGUCCGAGAGAUGGAAAAAAGGAAGGAAGGAAAGCCUGGAGAAGCGAGAGCUGCUUUAAGGCGUUCUGUCAGGGAAAAUGGGUCUGUUUUUGAAUCUCAUACUUGUGCAUCUAAAUGUACCAAUUCCAGGAAAAACUAUGGCCAUUCUGAGCUUCGUGUGGAGAGACAUUUAAUGCCCCCUACACUAGCUGGUGGUAAUGGUCCCACGGACUGGAAUGAAGCCCUGGAUAUUAUUUCUUUCGGUUCACCAGUGCAGUCUGUUGAAGGGAUGAAAGUUGUAUGCCAUGAAUUGGCACAAGCAACUAGCGAUCCAGAAGGUAGUGCAAUGGAUGAACUUGUGAAGGAUGCAGAUAAACUUGUUUCAUGCUUAGCAAAUAAGGUAAUGUAUUCUUUUGACUUCAGUCUGACAGGAGCAUCAUCAAGGUCGUGUAAAUAUGUUCUUAACACACUUAUGCAGACGUUUCAAAAUAAAAGGCUUGCUCAUGCUGUCCAGGAGAGUACUCUUGACAGUCUAAUUACUGAGCUUCUACUUUGGCUUUUGGACGAAAGGGUUCCUCAUAUGGAUGAUGGUAGCCAACUUUUGAGAGCUUUAAAUGUGUUGAUGCUUAAGAUUCUGGAUAAUGCUGAUCGAACAUCGUCCUUUGUUGUCCUUAUUAAUCUCUUGCGUCCUUUAGAUCCCUCAAGGUGGCCUUCACCUGCAACUAAUGAGUCCUGCUGCAGAAAUCAGAGGUUUUCUGAUCUGGUUGUAAAAUGCCUCAUCAAACUGACAAAGGUAUGUGGAAGUACUAUAUAUGAUGUCGAUCUUGACCGCAUUCUUCAAAGCAUUCAUGUAUACCUGCAAGAAUUGGGAAUGGAAGAAAUUAGGAGAAGAGCUGGAGCUGAUGACAAACCAUUGCGUAUGGUGAAAACUGUUCUACAUGAACUUGUUAAGCUCCUAGGUGCUGCAAUCAAGGGCCACUUGUCAAUGGUUCCUAUAGACAUGAAACCUCAGCCAAUUAUUCUUGCCUAUAUUGAUCUUAAUCUUGAGACUUUAGCGGCAGCAAGAAUGUUGACGUCAACUGGCCCUGUGGGUCAAACUCAUUGGGGUGAUUCAGCAGCCAACAAUUCGUCGUCUGCUACAAAUUCUGCUGAUGCCCAGUUAAAGCAAGAACUUGCUGCAAUAUUCAAGAAAAUUGGUGAUAAGCAGACAUGCACUAUUGGUCUCUAUGAACUAUAUCGCAUUACUCAACUAUUCCCCAAAGUUGAUAUAUUUGCUCAGCUCCAAAAUGCUAGUGAGGCAUUUCGCACUUACAUCAGGGACGGUUUAGCACAGAUGGAGAAGAAUGCAGCUGCGGGGAGUGUCAUUUGGAUUCAAUGUCCUCUUAGUGAGGAUUUCUUCUCAUUAUAUAGGCACAAAUGUGCAAUAUACAAGGCUAAAAUCAAGCCUGAAUUACAGCAGAAAAUCUGCCUAAAUUACAGCCAUGAAAUCUGUUUAUACCAAAACUAUACAUAUUCUGACUAA